UUUUUCCGUAUGUGUUGGUGUCGUGGAACAACUAGCCCGGUGUUGCCUAGCCGUUCGAGAACCUGUUCACGAUAUUCCGCCUGCAUGUUCGUUCCUCCUCGCUGCCUUAGAAUUUUUAGCUGCCUUAGCGGACCAUUGUCCAGAGGAUUUGGAUCCUACACACCUAGUUAGCACCCUACACGGCACCGAGCUGCUGGGCUGCGUCUCCAUGCUGUACGGGUCCCUGCUGCCACCCGCCUCCACCCCCAGAGUCGAGGGACAGUCGCCGCCGGUAAUUCCGGUUCCCUGUUUAAGUUUGGCCACGGCUACUUUUAAACUCCUAAGAAGGGUUGCGGAGCUGGAUCUCAACAAGUUCCAGGAGGUUCUAGGUGCGGAAGGAAUAUCUUUGCAGUUCCGGCAUAUUUGCAGUCACCUUCUCUGGUGCUGUGCCUCUCCCACUAUUCCGAAAACCAAUGGAAAAGAAGAUUCCAUCAGCGCCGAUGCCUAUCAGGAGCUACUCCAUCAGGUUAUCAUAGUCACCGGUUAUUUCGCCAUCGAAAACAACGAAAACCAGAUGCUCUUGGUCAGCGGACAACCACCGUCGGUUCUACAACAGCUGUGCUCCUUACCUUUCCCUUACUUUUCCGUAUAUUCCUUAACCAAUAUUCUGUUUCCAACGCUUUUGGCCUGCUGUUCCGGAAAUCCGCAAACCACAUCAGUGCUUAAACAGGAGCUUUCGUAUGACCUUCUAGAAGAAUUUCGCAAUUCAGAUACCGGCAAGCAACACCGCUUAGUUAAGUUAUUAUCCAAAAAGACAGUAGUUUAAUCCAAGGCACUGUAAUGAAAAUUAAUAAAUGUAGUAACUACUUUGUAAUUACUUUGUACUUUUAUGAUGUAUUAUUCCACUAGUUAUUAGAAAUUUAAGUUCUGUUUAAUCCCUAGUAAAUUUAUUAACUUUCUGGAUCAAAUUUUACACUGUUACUGCUCACGGAAAGACUGAUCGUAAUUCAUAGUAUGUACGGGUCAGUUCUGCUUUACGGCGAGGAUGAGCAUUUGUUUCAAAUGUGAUGUGUAAGGUUUGUGACUAUAUUUAACAUUAUUUAAUAAUAAAUUGUAUCUUCGUUAUAAUUUUAAAAUGCAGCACUCUUUUAUUUAUUUGAAAAUUCCUUUAGUUCUCUUGUGAUCUAGUUUAUAAUUAAUGACAAAUAUUCGAAAGGUCAAAUCCUAAUAUAUUUUUAUGUAUA